AACUAUUUGAAAUUUCUUAAAAUCCUUAAUUUUUAAAAAUGAAAAAAAAAUAAAGUGUGAUGUUACUUGGAGAGAUAGUCAUCCUGAAUUCUAGUAGUUAUAUUUCUAUAUGGCUUUUGAGCUAUAAGAAGAUUACAAACACUCACUUAACUUUUGGUCUUAUCAGGUUUUUCUUUCUGGAUGAUUUGACAGGGUUUGAAAUUUCAUACCUUUUGGAGCUCCCAGAACCAUUCAGUUUCAUUUUCACAUGGUUUGCUGCCGUGCCCCUCCUAGUUUGGCUAGCUCAGUCUCUUACAAAAGUAGUAGUGAGAGAUUCUUUAAUCUUAAAGGGCGCUUGUCCGAACUGUGGCACUGAGAAUGUCUCCUUCUUUGGGACUAUACUAUCAAUCUCUAGUGGUGGUUCCACAAACAAUCUUAAAUGUUCUGACUGUGGAACAGAAUUGGUUUAUGAUUCAAACACGCGGUUGAUUACACUGCCAGAAGGAAGUGAGGCAUGAUUGAAGGAUAAAAUUAGUUCCAGGGAUCCAUGAUGAGCCUGUAACUAACUCAUAAAGUUUCGAUGAUGAAGUUUGUUUGUAUAUUCUAAACCUGGAUCGUCAAUUGCUGUGCAGGAAAAUUUUAGAAGCACUAUCUUGUGGAAUAUUCUUGGUUGUCUGUACCUAUAACAGGCUUGUAGACAGGGAGAGAGAAGAAUAUACUAAACAACUGCUA